AUGGAUUUUCUGGAUCUUGAUGCUGAUGCCAGAGUUCAGUCCACAAAUGAUGAUGCAUUAAGUAGUAAAUGGUCUGCUGUACAAGCAGGAUAUUUUGAUGAUCCUUAUAUUAAAUAUAUGAUAAAAGAUAAAAUAAAAGUAAAAAAGCCUCCAAUUAUCAAUAGGGGUACUUAUAUAAGAACAAUGGUUAUUGAUAAAUUCAUAAAUUCGUUUUUGGAAUUUGUAAAUCCUUUAGAAAAAAAGCAGAUUAUUUCAUUUGGCGCUGGAUUAGAUACAAGAUAUUUUAAUAUUAUGUCGGCUUUAGGCAAAACUACAAACUUUAUUUUCCAUGAAUUGGAUUUUUCUGCAGUUACUCAACGCAAAGUAUCUAUUAUUUCUAAAACUCAAGUACUUCUUGAUAUUAUUAAAUCAUCAUGUGAUACACCUGAUGAUUUAGAAAUAAAUUUACAUGAUGGGACUAUAUUAUCACCGAGUUAUUGUAUUCAUCCAAUUGAUUUGAGAACUCUCACAUCAAUACCUUUACCUUCUAAAAUUGAUAGUAAUCUUCCAACGCUUAUAUUAUCUGAAUGUUGUCUGGUAUAUCUUGAGCCUCAGGAAGCGGAUCAAUUGAUGCAAUGGUCUGUAAAUACAUUUUCUUCUAAAGGAUUGGGAAUUGUUAUAUAUGAGCCUAUUAAAAAUUUUGAUUUAUUUGGUAAAAUGAUGGUUAAAAAUCUUGCAUCUAGAGGGAUUAGUUUUAAGACUUUAGAUAAGUAUUCGACGAUAGAAAAGCAAUGUGAUAGACUUUCUAAUCUUGGAUUUACUAAUUAUCAAAAUGCUGUUACUAUAAAACAAAUUUAUGAUGAAUGGCUUGAUUAUUAUGAUAAAAUGAGAAUUUCGAAAGUAGAACUUCUAGAUGAAAUAGAAGAAUGGGAUUUGCUUGCAAGUCAUUAUUGUGUCGUAUGGGGAUGGAAAGAUGAACAUGAAAAUAAUUAUUUUAAUGAAUGGGGUAAAUUCUAA